AUGAAAAGAGGGUACAGGUCGCUAUUGACACCACUGAGGGCGAUCACGUUAUUGGGCAAUGAGGUGCGGCCUCCAUGCGUAUCAAGCACAGAGAUGCGCAGACAGAAAGAAAAACAAUGCCAUAAUUGGGGGACAGUACAUCUGCCCGUACAUUUCACAUUGGGUGGUGUGUUCAAGCCCACCCUUGUUGCGAUGGCGCCGCGUAUUGUGGCUGGCGGCACUACAGGCGAUAAAGCUCUGAGCGACGCGGCUGCUACCAAAUCGGUGAAAUGGACCCUCGACAGCACAGUGGAGGAAGUUCUGCUACAAGGAAAUCUUCCUCCAGUGCAUAUGAAGCUGAAAGACUUUCUUACCGAAUACCUUGAUGGCAUGGGUGCGGAUGAAGUGAAGUGGAAUGUCAGUAUAGAAGCGUUUGCCAACAGACCAAACAGAUAUAUAAAAGACGAGGAGCUGGUUACCGACAUACUUGCGAUGCCGUCAUUCAAGGCAAUAGUAGAGGAAAUGAAAAAUAGGGAAGCUGUACGCAAACUCAAAGAGACUGGUGUGUAUUCUCUCCAGCAGUGGGACGUGUAUGAUAAAAAGGA